AUGGUCACUAGGUCAUUGUUUAUUGUAUUGGCAAUAACAUUGUUUUACUUUAUCUUUAUUUAUAAUUCAAUAGGAGGUACAAAGAAUGAUGAUAGAGGAAAGGUUGAAACAACAGUACAACCUCAAAAUAAAGAUUAUCACGCCGACCAUGCUACAAGAACAUUCUUAUCAAAGACAUUCGAUGAUGAUGUUGUCUAUCCAUGGUUGAACACAUACUCCCCCAACAACAACAACAACAAUAACAAUAAUAACAACAAUAACAACAACAAACAACAAUCAUGGACAAAGGAUCAUUACACCGAUGCAAAGACCAAGAGACGUGUGUGUAUAGUGACCACAGAGAUAGAGGGCCCAGUGCUGGGCGGAGGCAUCGGCACGGCAUACACAGCAAUGGCGAAGCGUCUGAGUGAGGACGGCCACAAGGUCACCGUGCUACUGGUUAAUCGCGUCAAGAACCUGUCGGCAUCACACUGGACCGCAUUGUAUCGAAGCAACAACAUUGAGCUAGUUGUAUUAGACGUGCAGAUUAUGACACCCGAGGAGCUGGCCGUCGCUCAGCAACAGGCGAGCGGUGCUGGUGGCGCAGAGAUGGUGCUUGGAUGCACUGGCCCCUGCAUCAGAAGUUACAGAACAUAUCAAUGGCUGUCGGAUCACGAUGGUCAAUUUGAUGUGAUUCACUUCCAUGACAAUGGAGGCAUUGGAUACUUCAGCACACUGGCGCGACACCAGGGCGUAGCCCUGCUCAAGACCCUGCUGGUGGUUGGCGGUCACGGCCCGCAUCUCUGGGAGAGGACAGCCAACUCGGCCAAUCUAGACGAUGGCAAGCACUUUGAAGUGGACUUUUUGGAGCGAAGAUCGGUCGAGAUGUGCGAUUGGCUGAUCAGCCCAUCGAACUACAUGCUCAACUGGAUGAGGCGAAAUGGAUGGCAACUGCCCAAGCACUCCUAUGUGCACCAGAACCUGCUGCCUGCGAACCCAGCCGAUGCCCAAUGGGACCAGACAGAGGCCAACUAUUAUCAUACGUACGACGAGAUCAUCUUCUUUGGACGCCUGGAGGCGCGCAAGGGAUUGGACAUCUUCCUGAACUGUCUCGAGAGGAUAUCGCAUCGCCUUAUCGAGGAGGACUUGCUCGUCACAUUCCUUGGCGCAAACACUCGUCUCACCGAGGUCAACAUGAUGGCUGACAACUACAUCACGUUAAAGUGCAAUCGAUUGCACAUCAAGUGUCGCGUGCUCCUUGGCAAGACACACACCGAGGCCAUUGAGUACCUCACGCAUGACAGCCAGCGUAAGUUGGUCGUGAUACCAUCGCCCAUCGACAACUCGCCCAACACCGUGUUGGAGUGCAUGACACACAGGAUCGCAUUCAUUGCGAGCAGGGCUGGCGGCAUCCCCGAGCUCAUCCACCCCGAGGACCAGGAACGCGCACUGUUCUAUCCCUCGGCCGGCUCGAUUCAGCGCAAGAUCCACGAGUCGCUAAAGACUGGCGUCGCACCCGUUCGCAUGGCACACGAUGAAUGGUCGCGCACCAAGACAUGGAGCAACUGGCACACGAUCGUCAGCAACAAGCCAAUCGAGGCACCCGUCAUUAUCAAGGAGAGCAACAGGACCGCAACAGUCACAGUCGUGUUGGUGUACAAUGGUGACAACGUCAAGCAGAUCAAGAACAAUCUGGUGGCACUCAGUCAUCAUGCCAAGACCAAUGUGAACGUGCUGAUCGUGACAAAGGAGGGUGCACCCGAGAUUAAGCAUUUCCCUGCCAUGGAUCUUGUCGAGAUCAAGCACACGUGGGCAUCAGACUUCCUCGUGUCGGACAGCACCACAUUCCAACCAUGGAACAGUCUCAACGUUGUAGAGCGCACUACUGGCGAGUAUGUGCUGUUCGUCGAUCAGUUUGACUGGCUGGCCGACCAAUCGUCCCUAAGCAAGAUGCUCUCAGUGGCCAAUCAUACCGAGGCCGACCUGAUCUCCUCAUCGAUCGGCAUGCCCGAGCUUGGAAUCCACUGGAACGCCGUGUUCAUCGGAUGUCAAGGCAUGCCUGGCAUCAUGUACAACUGCUAUGGUGGUAACAAUGUCAUAAUGCGUCGAUCACUCCUACUACUAGUUGGCAGGAACUACACCAACAAUCAGUUUGACGACGAACUUGAUCAUGGCGGUGCAUGGGAGCUCUAUGUCGAGGCCACCAACCAUGGCUUCAAACUUGAGACCGUCCCCAAGACACUAUUCUACACAACAAAGAAGAGUGUCGACCUGUCCACGACAUACGGACAGGAGCUUCAAGUCAUGAGGUUCUUUGAAGAGAUGCUUCCACCAUCACUUGGAUUGGCACCAAUGGCAACAAGACACUUUUUGGUGUCAAAGAGUUCAUACAUGGCAGAGAUACUCAAUAUGACUCAGCGAUCAAGGGAGUUGGAGUUACAAUGUGCACAAGCUGCUGUCAAACCAAAGCCCAAAUCAGACAUUGAGGUGGAGCUGUCGGAUGGCGCUGUGUUGGGCGCUGACGCUCGAACAUACCAAGAGUCACGCGACCAUAUUGGAAUGCUGUUUGUACGUGGACAUGAGAAGUCUGGAACGUCUUGGCUCAAGAAGAUAUUGAACCUGCACCCUAGGAUCUAUCUGGCUCAGCAAGAGUUCCACUUCCAUCUGCUGGAGGACGCCAUCGAGAAGUUCACUGAUCAGCCAUGGGCCGCAGCGCGCGAACCAUACCUUGGCUACACCAACAAGUGGUACAAAUCAUUCGUUAGGAACCUUCUGCUCUCUGGCGUGUCGCCUUCGUCUGCGCCAUUGAUCAGCUGGACGGGCGAGAAGACCCCCUCGCCACUGGCACCCAUCAUAUCCGGCUCCAAGUAUAUAUUGAUCAUUCGUGAUGGCCGUGAUGUGGUCGUCUCGCUGUUCUGGCACUAUGUCCGUCUGGGCGGCUUUGAGAACUGGUGCGGCAAUGGCAACAAACACCUGGUCAACCCAUCAUACGUGUCGUCUUACAAAGAGGAUCAAUCGUACUUCACCAAGAACCCUGGCCUGCUGCUCGAGAAGGAGACAUGCUUCCGCCAUGUGGUGCGCAGCUGGGCAAACCGUGUGCGUGCCGAUCUGGAAGCCAUCGCAGAGUUGGAGAAGAAUCCAGUGUCUGAGGUCUACACGGUGCGCUACGAAGAGCUGCACAGGGACCCCGAAGGAGUCAGGAAGGAGAUGUACGAGUUCCUUGGUCUGGACUAUGGCGAGGCUGAUAAGCUGACAACCGAGGACAAGACGCUGCCUGGAGGAUUCAGUGACGCCGAUGGAGAGGACAGCAAGACCAACAAGUUCUUCCGCAAGGGUGAGAUUGGCGACUGGGCCAACUACUUUAGCUACGCAAACAAGCUGUGGUUCAAGGAGGAGGCUGGAAACGUUUUAAUACAACUUGGCUACGAGUUGGACUCGUCCUGGGUAAAGGAAUGA